AUGUUUCUCAGUGGACUGGACACAGUCACCGAAGAGCACAUACUUCUCACUGUUUUCGGCCCUUCGGGUAUUCUCAAGGCAAGAGGAGAGGUCGUGAUACUCUGCAUAAAUACCAUUCGACAUCUCCCAUCCGCUGACUAUAUCAUCGCUCUGGGAAGUGACAGUACAAUCGUGGAGAAGGGCCAUUUCCGCGAACUUGUCCCGAAUCACCAUUAUUUCCGUGGUCUCGGAUUGCAGGCUGCCACUAAUGGAAUUCAAGCGCUGCUGACCACAAAGCAUUCAAUUCCAAGCUUAAAGUCAACGAAUCGAGCAGAACCAUGGUUUUGCCAUGUUUGGUAUGCUUUGUGGGUUUCUCUUCAACUUCCCACGAUUUGGGUAAGCUAUUGGAGCACAGGCGCCUUCAGUCAUUCCAAGUCUUUCUACAGUGAGAUAUACGCCCUCCUCCAAUGCCUGGCCAUGGGCACAGUCCUUAGUGAGGCAGCCAUCGGCAUGUUAUCGAUUAUCCGCAGCUCCGGAUCACAUUUGUACGGUGCAGCGUUGCGAACAGUCAUUUCUACCCCAUUGUCUUUCUUACCCCAGGCCGAUACGGCUAUAAUUACAAACCUUUUCUCGCAGGAUAUGUCCCUUAUCGACAGGGAGCUUGCCCAAGCUUUGAUCAAUACCCCGCUCCAGCUCUGGAUCGCGGUCGAAGGGGCAGGAUCACUGUCCAGCAUGUUUCUACAUCAUACAGGUAACGUUUAA